UCAGAGCAGUUGGAACGUGUGCCAUCAGUACCGUCAGUGCCAUUAACAAGUGGCACCAAUGUGUCGUUAUCGUCACCUUGUGAGGAUUCGAUGAAUCAUCACUCAGUUGCUGGUGCACAUCAUCAACAACAGUUCUCAUCACAUGCACACGCUCAAUCAUCAACCACGGCCAGGACCUCACUAGCACAUUCGAAUAUCAACAACAACACAAAUACCGCCAAAUCGGCUAGACACCGAAAUCGUAACGAGAGUGGAAAUGUGAAAGCAAACAGUGGAAGCAGCAGUGCAUCAAAACUGCCCUCUUCCACAAAACAAAGCAAUGCGUCGACCUCAGAGACGGAAUGGAUGAAGGCGACUUCACGUAGAAAAGAGGGCACUCGAGGAGGUUCGUUGAAGUCAUCGAGCACUUUUGCUGGAGGAAGUAUCGCUGGUGGUGGCGCUGUGGCGUCGGCAAAUCAAGAAUCGAAUAGUAUUUCGAAUAUGAACGCUUGGAGACAUGUUGAUGUGGCUAAAAGGCGUUCAUCACGCCUUUCCGUAUCGUCAAACCUAAUCGCACGUGUGAUUGGUCGUGCCGGUGGUAAUAUCAAUGCAAUACGAGAGGCAACCGGUGCUUACAUCGAGGUUGAGAAACAAAGUGGCAAAAAGGAACAACACGAUCGACAGAUCACUAUCAAAGGCUCUGAAACGGCAUUGAGGGAGCUUAUAGAGGUGGGGAACUGGCGUGUUUGUGUUGGUUUGUCUUGUGGAAUUCGUCGAAUGAGUGUUGGCUGUGUUUGUAGGCAAGCAAUGGAGAUGAUCAAUGGGUUGAUCGUUGAUAGUGAAUGCACGGUGAGCGAUGUGAUUCGUCGUGUCACCUCAUCGGCCGGUAACUCGUCUGCAUCGUCGUCGUUGGCCGAAGAACUGACGACGUCGGGCGGCGGCGGCGGCAGUAGUCGUUUGCCGACGACGAUUUAUUCGUCGUCGAGCAUCGUGACGCCAUCAAAUGCAGUUGCAUGUUCGGCUCAGUUGGCAGUUGGCAGCAAGAAGGGUUCGAUGCAGCAACAGCAGCAGUCUCAGUCAGCACAACAACAGUCGUGUGCCAGUUCCACUUCAGCUCCGCAAACGGCCGCCUCGUGCCCGAGUGCCACAACUUCACCAACAACGACCGCACUGAACGCGUUGUCAUCAUCGGAUGUGUCGUCGUCGUCAUUGAAUGCUCCAAAGAAGAACGUCGUCCCUGUGGCUGCAACAACAUCAGCAACGGCAACAACACCAACUAAUGCUGCUGCCGCUGCCCAGACACCAACCAACGUUUGGGCACAGCGAGCUGCACAACGUCAGAAAUUGGUUAGCGCAAUUGGUUCCGAAAAGAAACUAAAGGCGGCUGCAUGUUCAUCGCUUCAACAAAUGGCAACUGGGAGCACGAUGCAGCAGGGCAUUGGUGCUGCUACUGCUGGUGGUGGUGGUGAUAUAGUGCAUUUGAAUCAGUUGCAACAGCAGCAGCAGCAAUCGCAGCAGCAAACAACGACAUCAAAGUGCGAGAAUAAUCAAUUGGCACAAACAGCCGUCAUAGAUUUACCUGUACCGGUGCUGCCGUCAGCCGACGUUGGAACGAUUGGUGAGCGUGCGAAAAAAUGUGAAAAGGAUAUUAUGCAAAUGAAACCUGAAUCGGUUGCUACAUUUUCGAAGGCACCGGGCACAAGACCUUCGCCUGGCUCAACGCCUAGCAGCCCAAUGUCAUCAGCAGGUGUGUCUCCUCCGCUGUCAACACUUACAAAUGGCGGAUCUGCAGCGACUAAAGUCAUGCCCAAUUUAUCAGGACCUGGUGUCAUCAAGCCUCCUGUCAGCGUGGAGACAGUGAACGACUUCUCACGUGUGCUAGGAUCAAGCGUACCGCCACCAAUUAGUGGAAAUCUGGGAUUCGGUGACAUUGGUGGUAUGACACCAACGAAGAAAACAGUUGCAAGUUCGAUUCUUGGUGCUGGUGAUUCUUCGGUUGUUUCAAGUACACUCCCUGAAAGUGCUUUUUUGACGCGUCGAGUCGGUGUCACUACUUCGACGGCGAUUGAUCCGCUAGCGAAACUUUGGCCUGAAUACAACGUAAUGGCAGCGAACGCUAGUGGUGUGAGCUCAUCAGCUACUUGGAGUAAUGCGAACAACCCGGUGGUCGGGAUGGGCGUCGGUCCAUCGGUAACGUCGGCCGGAGGUGUUGGUCUUUUAGGUGCAUCCACGUCGCAUUCGUCGCUCGGAAUGUUGAACGAUCACGGAGACUUGUCCUCAGCAGCGGUUCGUAAUGAAUCACUGGAAUUAGCGCAUAAUAUUGCACAACUCAGGGCACAUCAGUGCCCAUUUGNCGCCGCAGGAUCAAUUGGUGAAGAGGAUUUGAUGGGAAGUGGCAAUGUUGGCGCAUCAAGCACUUCAGCCACAACGUUACGAGGAUUCAGCAGUGUUCAAGAGCCAAACGCCAAUUCAAGAAGUACCUCAACGGCUGCUGCUGCUGCGUUCGCCUCAGAACCACCAUUCCCGUGGAGAACUGAACCGCCAUCCAGUGCCGGCAUGCAACGUCCGUCGCAAACUCUUGCACAGUCUGUGUUUCCAGAUCGAGACAAUACGUGGAUCAAUCAGGUGGCGAUGCAAUUGGCUGUUAAUCAGCCAGAUGUUUCGUGCAGUCGUGAAUUCUCAACGGGUCCGUUCUCGCAAUUACCGACUCCGAUUGGCUAUCCGUCCAGCAAUCAAUCAGCCUAUCAUAAAGACCAUCAUCAUCAGCAGAUGAUCAACGCUGCCGGUUUGAAUCAUCAAGCGCAGACUCAGCAGUCACAGCAUCAGCAGCAGCAACCCUAUAAUCGUGUACAUUUGCAGCAGGCAUCACAGGCAGCAUCGAACGAAUUUGAGAAUUUGAGCAUGUUGCUGAACUCGUUCAAUAUGAACGUUCGACCUCCGCACACAGGCAGCACGGCCAGCACAAGCAACAAUCCACGUCUAGACACUACCACCGAUUUUGCUGCAAAUGCGCCAAACGUACCGCCGUAUCACAGCACUCGAACGGCUGCCCUCAACACAUCGAUACCACCUCCACCGUUUUUCAGCACUCAGGUCCCUCCACCUCCAUCCACAGCAACACAACCCAACAAUCCACCACCGCCGCCUGUCGGUGGUUCUCCUUUCUUUGGUGGAUGGCCACUGCCCCCAAACUAUGGACCUCCGACGCAAAACACGGCCGUCUCGCACGGAACAACAAUGUCAACAACACUCAAUGAUUCAGCACUAUUAUCUCAUGCUACAGCGAAUCGAUCACAAUGGAACGGUUAUGCAUGGCAAUAG